AUGGCUGUCGCCCCAAGAGGGCUCACUAGUGAGCUCAAUGCACUCGCUAAUGCUACUGUACAAGAACUAUCACCAUACGCCCAUGGACUAUCGGGCGUAGAUCAAACCGCGAACUAUCUCUUCGCUGCUGUUCUCUGCGUCUCUCUCGGUGGACUGUGUGUACUGACAUUGUUGUUCCGAUGGGCAACCAUGGGCAAUGCGCACAUCCGGCACCUACUCACUAUGAGCAAUCCGGAUAGGCAAGUUUACUGGGCUCAGAACCAUACCUCAAUCUGGCCAAAGAUCAAAAAGCAUCUGCUGUACGCCCCGCUAGGUCGCAACCGCCAUAACAAGGAGAUUCAGCUUUCCUCAGCAAUUAGCAUCGGCACUCUCCCGUCUCGUUUCCACACCCUCCUGCUCACCGUCUACCUGUUUUCCAACAUUGCCUAUUGCCUAGUCUUGCAUUGGGGUACCGAGGACCGUGCUGCCGUCAUCGCCGAACUUCGGGGUCGCAGUGGUGAGCUCGCUGCACUCAACAUCAUCCCGACCAUGCUCUUUGCCAUGCGCAACAACCCUUUGAUUCCUCUCCUCAGAGUGUCAUACGACACCUUCAACCUUCUGCACAGAUGGUGCGCCAGAGUUUGCGCCAUCGAAAGCAUUGUCCAUACCAUCUGCUACCUCGUCAACGUCAUUGACUCGGUUGGUUAUGAUGGUCUCAAGGACAACCUGGCAACUCCAAGUUAUGCCUGGGGCAUGGUCGGCACCUGCGCGUUCACCAUGAUCAUCGUUCAAGCCUUCUCGCCCCUGCGCCAUGCAUUCUACGAAACCUUCCUCAAUCUCCACCGUGUCCUGGUCUUGCUGGGUCUUAUCGGUGUCUACGUGCAUCUCGAAAAGCACAACCUCCCGCAAACACCCUACAUCAAAUUCGUCAUUAUCCUUUGGGGACUUGAAUGGCUCUCGCGCUUUGUGCGCGUGGCUUACUACAACUUCAGCUUGAAGUCCGGUAUGUCGAGAGCACACGUCGAAGCACUUCCCGGCGAGGCCUGCCGCGUCACCUUCGAGCUUGCCAGAUCAUGGAACUACAUCCCUGGAUCGCACGUCCAUGUCUACUUCCCUACCGUUGGUCUGUGGGCAUCACACCCCUUCUCAGUGGCUUGGGCGGAAACAAAGCCAAGAAGCGCCCCCCUCGAGAUUGAGAUGGAGAAGCUACCAUCUUGGAAUAUGCCCAAACAUCAGUCUGUUAUCUCGCACUACAAAACACAAAUCUCAGACAGCGACGGACCAGAAGUCACGCACGUGAGUCUGAUCAUUCGUGCCAGAUCUGGAAUGACACGCAAGCUGUAUGAGAAGGCAUGUGCCUCUCCCAGUGGAAUGAUCACACUCCCAGGUGCCAUGGAAGGACCAUAUGGCGGCCACGAGAAGCUGGCAUCUUACGGCACCGCAGUCUUGUUUGCCGGAGGUGUCGGCAUCACACACUGUGUUGGAUACGUGCAUCGUCUCUUGACACAAUAUUCCCAAGGAACGUGUUCAACACGUCGCAUUCUCCUCGUUUGGUCGGUGCCCACUACCGAAGCGCUCGAAUGGGCACGACCAUGGAUGGACCAAAUCCUUAAGAUGGAAGGUCGCAAGGAGGUGCUUCGCGUACAGCUCUUUGUCACCAAGCCUCGAAACCAGAACGAAGUCAACAGCCGAACAGGCACAGUGCAGAUGUUCCCCGGUCGCUGCAACCCGUCAACAGUGCUCGAGAAGGAGGUAGCGGAGCAAGUUGGAGCGAUGGGCGUCGUCGUUUGCGGGCCUGGAGCAUUCGCAGACAGCGUACGAGCGGCAGUGCGCAAGAAGGUCGAUGUUGGCAAUAUCACGUUUCAUGAGGAAGCUUUCACGUAUUAA